ACAAAGCAUCGUAGAAGAAGCUUUAAGAACCACGUCAGCUAACUCGAUAAAGUUUGAUAUUUAAAUUAAUUAUGUUUAAGAUGGAAAUUAGCAAGAGCAUGGAACCUAAUAACACAAAUAUUAACACAGAUAUUACAUCUGUUGACAUGGAAGCUAAUACGAGCAUGAAAAAACAAGAUGUACACUAUGCUCUUCACUGGAAAAUGUUUUUGGCUUCUGGUGUUGCAUUAAUUGGAGCUGUUGGAAUGGGGAUGGUGAUAGGAUUUACGGCCCCUGCUCUCCCUAAGAUGAUAAUUCCCAGUAGCCCAGUCAUAUUAACAGAAGACCAAGGAACUUGGUUUGCUAGCCUUAUGGCUGUUGGCGCUCUUGUUGGUGGUUUGACGGCAGGCCCUGUAUCAGAAAUUCUGGGAAGGAAAAAAGCGCUCAUCCUAAUGAACAUUCCCUUCAUCCUUGGCUGGCUUCUGAUUGUGCUUGCUAAUGGAAUUUCCAUGUUAUACGUGGGACGCUUGUUGACAGGUAUAUGUACUGGAAUGGUAUCUGUAACAGCUCCGAUGUAUGUCGUCGAAAUCUCAACUCCAAAUAUCAGAGGUAUGCUGGGAACCUCCUUUCAAGUAUUUGUUACUAUUGGUAUCCUGGCAGCGAUGACUCUUGGAGUUUACCUUUCUUGGACAUGGCUUGCAGUGACAUCUGCCAUUCUGCAAGCCACGGCAAUGGUCUCCAUGAUUCCUAUACCUGAAUCUCCUAGCUGGCUUAUGAAUAGAGGAAGGAAAGAAGAAGCGGUUCAAGCUAUUUAUUUUUUUCAAGGCAAAAGAGGUGUCGAUGCUGAAAAACAAUGCGAAGAAAUUAUAAAAAACGUCGAAAGUGACCAAACAGGACGAAUAGCACUAUCUGAUUUUAAACAAGAGCAUUACUGGAAACCUGCGCUUCUGUCUAUUGGAUUAAUGUUCUUCCAACAGCUCUCAGGCAUCAAUGCUAUUUUGUUCUAUACUGUAGAAAUUUUCAGAGAAGCUGGAAGCUCCCUCGAUGAGAGUUUGAGUACAAUUUUGGUCGCUGUGGUAAUGGUUUUAUUCACCAUUCUCGGAAGUUUUCUUGUCGACAGAGCAGGACGUAGAAUCUUACUUUUAAUUUCUGGAGUGGGAACUGCAACCAGUCUCUUCUGUUUGGGUCUGUCCUCUGGUGUUCUUGUCCACAAAAUUGAAUCAUUCGAAACCCGUUUUGGCUGGAUACCACUAGUUUGUCUGCUAGUAUAUAUAAGUACUUUUGCUGUUGGAUUCGGCCCUCUUCCGUGGUUUAUGACGGCAGAAAUGGUUCCCCAAAGAGCUCGAAGUAUUGUUAAUGGUAUAGUCGUUUGUUUUAACUGGACGUUUGUCUUCAUGGUCACUAAAACUUUUGACAUAUUUCUUCAUGGCCUAAAUCAGCAUGGUACUUAUUGGUUAUUUGCUGCCAUGUGUGCUCUCAGUUGUUUAUUCACUUUAUUCCUUCUUCCGGAAACCAAAGGCAAAUCAUUAGAACAAAUACAGAAAUACUUUCUUGGCAUUAAAGGUACAAUACCCACUUCUUCAUCGCAAAUUGAACUUAUUGAAUAAAAACGUUUUCUGUUUAUGGAAAUGCGUAGGAGAAACGUAUCUUUGUUUAAUACAUGAACAAGUACUGAUAAUGGUUUAAAGGAAGUGAAUAUCAUGAAGAAAACCUUCAAGAUCAACUAAAUAUUUCAUCAAAUAACUUUUCGGCGUAAAAACAAGAAGAAUACAGAACUGAUUUUGUUUACUUAAGUUAGGAUGAAAUUUCUUACCUAAUGAAGAUCUCACUUUUAUUCAUAAGAGGAAAGAUUAAGCAAAACACAAUUUGAUUUUGCAUUUCACAGUCAACUGGUAUUUGGUAUGUAUUGCCGUUGGGGAAUUGGUUGACGUCAGUCCAAGUGACUGAUCCUUUCCAUUUGGCUGAAUCUUUAGUGAAACCUUACGAUGGACGAUUUUACAGAAAUCAAGUAGGACCCCUGAGGAGGUUAAUAUUACGAUAAAUCUGCAUCCUGAGAAUAAGUUACUCGUAGACGCACGUCUAAUAAACUAAAAUAUUACAAAAUCGUUUCUAAUUAUCAUAAUAUUUUGCAUUUUAGUGAUACGAAAUGCCAAGUGAAACGAAUGACAAAUGUUAAGUAAAAACAUUCACAGGUUAAACACGAUGUUUGUAGAUUUUAAA